UAGCCAGACAGUCAACAAAAUGCUUCCCGUCUGUUUGUCUAGACAAAAAGAAGACACAAGAAUCUCCAAUAAUUAACCAAAUGGAGCGACCAAGGUAAUAGAAAUAAUGGGAAGUUAUAAUCCACAAAAAUAGUUCUGCCAGUCACCAUGGCAACCGACAACAACUCUGAGAGCUUCACAGCUGAACAGUUGUCUGUAAUCGCUGAUUACGAGAAGACUGGACCCGAGAAUGUUCAGGAGCAUUACGACAUGCUGUUAGAUCUAGAUAGUGCCAUCCCUCAGUUGCUGUCUUCAACGGCGUCUGGGAUCGCACUCCAGAAGCACCGACGUAAGAGCAGUCGUCCAGUCCAGUACCGACCAGGAGAAAGUCUCAGCUCUUCAAGAGCCCCUCAGAGAACAGAACUCACCAAUGACUCGUCAUUGUUUGAAUCUGUCCUCCCUGAUUAUUCAAAUACAUCAAACCUCAAUGGCAUUUCAGCUGAGUAUCAGGUAGAGGAGGGUCAGCCAUCAGAUGGGGUCAUGGAAUCCAUCCAAGCAGCCUUCGACCUCCGUGGGAUUGAAGACAUCAAUCAACGGAUCACUAGUCAGCUGCAGAAGGCAACCGAAGUCGCAGAUGGUGACCACCAACCAUGCCCUUUCUGCUCCUACGUCUUCAGCAGUGUUGUUUUCCUCGUCAGGCAUCUGAAGUACCGACAUGGAAUCAAUCUUGAGAUGCAGGUCAGCGUGCCUCAGGAUCCUUCCAGCGUGCCCCUAGAAUCUUCCUUAGAUCAGAGCAACUCAGCUCAGUCUCAAGGAUCAUCAGACUCUCCGGACGCUAGAGUGGUGGGUUCAAAAUCACCCAAAGCCAAAGAACAGAAUGUUCAUGAUGCCAAACAGACAAUUGACCCAGACCAAGUAGACCAGCUUCCAGAAGAAUAUUCAGAUAAAAUAUCGCCUGUUGAUAAGGAAGAGCUCAAAAAAGGUCACAAACUCUCAACCGAAAUGAUGAAUCAGGAUCAGUUUGCAGGGCCUGGAGGUUUGUUGAAUCAAGUAACAGAGCAGCCUGUGAAACCGAUUCUCGUCUGCAACCAGUGCACAAGGGCCUUCUUAACAGAAGAUGACCUAGAGAAGCAUCAACAGAUUCACAACAUCGAGAAAAGCUUCCAAUGCCAACACUGCGAAAAGCUCUUCCAAAAUUCAAGCAGCUUGAAGAAACACACCAAGCUGCACACAGACGGGAAAGUCUACACCUGCGAGGUUUGUGACAAGUCCUUCGCAGCUACUGCUUACUUAAAAACCCACAUGAGGCUCCACACCAAACAGAAACCAUUCAUCUGCAAACACUGCGGGAAAGCGUUCGCCGCAAGCGGGACACUGAUAAGCCAUGAGAGAAUCCACAUCAAUGAUAAACCAUACGGCUGCGAGUUUUGCGGGAAGCGCUUUCGCCAGGGUAGCCAUCUCAACAGACAUAAGAUCAUCCACACAAACAUGAAGCCACAUAUAUGCAGGAAGUGCGAUCGGGCAUUCGCAGAUGUCGCCAAUCUCCGUCGGCAUGAGCGUAUCCACAACCAGGACAACCCGAAUGUUUGCGGAGAAUGUGGGAAAACCUUCAUUAACCUGAGUAGCUUGAAGAAACACGAGCGGCUCCACACCAACGAGAAGCCGUACAUCUGCAGACAUUGCAGUAAACCCUUCGCCUCUAGCGGGAAUCUAAUCAGCCAUGAACGUACUCACACCAACGAGCGACCUUACAUCUGCAAGGAGUGCGGGAAGGCCUUCACUCAGAGCAGCCACCUGAAAGCUCAUCUAGGAACCCACUCGACAGACACUCUCUACGUCUGCAAGCACUGCGGUAGAGGCUUCACCCAGCGAAGUACCCUCUGCGUUCAUGAAAGAAUCCACCUGAACAAGAAGCCUUACAUCUGUAAGUUCUGCACCCGUGCCUUCACUCAGAGCAGCACCUUAAAGGCACACAUCAGGACCCACACCAAAGAGAGAGCUCACAUUUGUAAAGUCUGUGGCAAGGCCUUCUCAGCCAGAGGAAACCUUAAGAGCCAUGAACUUAUCCACACAAAUGAGAAGCCAUUCAAGUGCAAGGCUUGCCCGAAGGCUUUCAAGCAGGGGAGCACCUUAAGAGCCCAUGAACGGACCCACACAAAGGAAAGACCUUACGUCUGUCGAGAGUGCGGGAAGGCUUUUGCAGACGGUAGCAACCUGAAGGCUCAUUUGAUACGAAUUCACAACAGAGAUGCUUCCCUAAGUCUGUCAAUGCUAUACGGUGCUGAGAACCUGGACACUUUGAUAGCGGAGUCUGGAAAUGAAACUCUACCUCCAGAUGAAGAAGGGUCACCUGUCACUGAGAAUCUUGGAACCCAGGAGCAAUGCUUAGAGUCACCUGUUGGAAUCACGAUAAAGAAAACAAAGAAGGGGUUAGCAUCAGCUUUAAGAACUAACGUACAAAUUCCUCAAAGGAAUCAUGAGAGCCAUGAAAUGACUAAACAAAAUCUCUCCUUGCCAAUCGAUAAAGCGCAAACUAUUCUUAGUCUUGAGAAAUCAUUAAUAGGAAACUCAGAUAAUAAUAUGGAACAAUUAUCAGAGAGUGAACAAGACCACUUAUCGUUUAACCAAAGAAACCAUGAUCAGGAGCAACUUCAUUCUGUUAGUAGUGACUCAGAUCUUUCAGAGCAACAGGACAAACCAAAGGAGUUUGCUCAGCAGAAUUUGAGCUCAUCAGCUUUAUGAAAUUGUACCCAGGUUUAAAGGCACUGGACA